GUUAACAAACGUCUGGAGCUCUGGACAGCCUGAUUCUGUUUGGUUUCUCAUUGUUGUGCUAAUGGUGGAUUAGCACUGUCAGACAGGCUAGGGCUUUUCUUUCUCAGAGUGUGAUUGAUUCUCAUCUGUUUGAGGAAUGUAUUUACAUUUAUGCUGUUUGCUGUUUUCAUGCAAUUUAUACAGCUUAAAGUAGCUAAAUGCAUUCACACACACACACACAUUUGUACAUAUAUUGUAUAUGAGCCUUAUGAAUACACUUAUUAUUUAAAAUAUACAUGCAACAUUGGAGUAAAAGUUUAUUGGUGGAACAGAAAGGGGGGCUCCUCUAGGGGUGCAAGGGCACUGCCCCAUCAAAUGAGCCAAAAAUUGAAGCUUUUAGAACUUAAACAAUGGUUUAAUGAAUUAUAGUACAGUCAUUCUAAAACUAUUUAGUCAUUGCUGGCAGUAAUGUUAGUGUUUGUAUUUGGUUUAUUUCUGUGUGAAAAUAUAUACUUCCUGUGCGUGGGGCCAGAUUAAUCCGAGUCAAUGGAGCUCCUUAACUUUUGGCAGGUGGCCCUCUUGUGGCAGGACCCAGUGUCCAUUUAGUGUACACCUUUGAUUAUUUAGCUAUAUCUGCCAUAACUGCAUACAACAUGACAGAAAUAUACAUUUCUUUGAUAAAAAAAAAGUAUAGUCUUUACUGGAUAUUUACAUUUAUUUGUGUUGUUUUACUGGAUGAAACAAAAAUCAUUUGAAUUUUUAGAUAUAAACUAAGGAAAACUGUGCUCUCAAUGGACUGGAGAAGGUAUGAUGUAUUUUUUUUUUCACCUACUAUAAAAUAUAUACACUUUUUUUUAAAGUGGUCCUUUUUUUCCAGAGCUGUAAAUGAUACUUACAUUAUAUAUUAUUCUGUAUAUUACUUAAAGCUAAACAAAACAAAAACAGAAAAACAGAUUGGUAUAACCCCAGUUGCUGUCUUGAUUGAUUUGUGUUGUGUUUACACUGUGAGCACCCACAAAAUAUCAACUUUGACCCAAUUCAGAUUUGUUAAUGGAUCUGUUUGAUUUUAUUAAAAAAGAUUAUUUUUUGUGUAUAAGUUUAUAUUCAUAUUGUCUGAAAGUUUAACCUUUUUACAGAUCAUCUUAAUUCUUAUUUACUGUCAAGCCUGAUUUCCUUCAUCCUAAGAAAAGACGGUCAUGAUGUUGGCUGAUGUUGCUCUCUUAAUCUGUUGGGAUUAGGAUAUUAAAGUUUGAUCAGAGGUGACAUCAUUGCAUGCUUAGUCUGCACUGUCUCUCUCCUCCCCUUCUGCUUUUUCCUUCUUUGGAUUGGAUCUUCCUCCUCUUGCAGCCCACCUCCUCCUCCUCCCCUUUCCCUCAUCCUCUCAUCCUCCUCCCUUUCCUGCAGGGGCGCAGGAACAGCUGCUGCUGUGUGGGAAGAGAAACGCUGCGUUUCUGGUUUGAUUUAGAUAAACCCUUCUUCACCUGUUUUAAUAAUUAGAAGCUUAUGCUCGUUGAAACGCGGACGGAUCUGUGUUUUUAUUUUCCUGGAGGAUAAUGAUAAGAAGGGACAUUUGCAUCAUUAGCUGCAUUGAUCGAUUAGCCAUCUUCCAUUUUCCAUCUUCCAGCAUCCUGUAAAGACUCAGAGCUAGGUGAGCUACAGGAGGCUUAAUAGAACGCGUUUUUAGAAAAACAGAAGCUUGGAACGCGUGUAAACUGGACACCAAACGUGCUGAGUAUUCACGAGAGGCCUUAGCCCAAACCCAGCCAUGAAGCAGGAGCGGUUCGUGGCCUCCAGGAGGUCUAAGAUCUGCCUGAAACGGCAGGCUGCUGCUGCCGGAGGAGUCGGAAACAUCAUCAGUAAUGUCCUGAAGAAGCGCAACGGCAUCUCCAGAAGCGCGCCUCGCCUGCUGUGCACGCUGGAGCCAGGGGUGGACACCAGGUUGAAGUUCACUUUGGAACCGUCACUUGGCAAGAAUGGAUUUCAGCAGUGGUACGAUGCCCUCAAAUCUGUGGCCAGACUUCCCACUGGUAUCCCCAAAGAGUGGAGGAGGAAGGUCUGGUUAACCCUUGCCGAUCAGUACCUUCACAGUAUUUCCAUAGACUGGGAGAAGACCAUGAGAUUUGCUUUCAAUGAGCGCAGCAAUCCUGAUGAUGACUCUCUUGGAAUUCAAAUUGUCAAGGAUCUGCACAGGACAGGCUGCAGUUCAUACUGUGGUCAGGAGGCAGAGCAGGACCGGGUGGUGCUGAAGCGGGUGCUGCUGGCAUAUGCGCGAUGGAACAAGACUGUGGGCUACUGUCAGGGCUUUAAUGUGUUGGCUGCACUCAUCUUGGAGGUCACUGAGGGCAAUGAGGGAGAUGCAUUAAAGGUGAUGAUUUACCUGAUUGAUAAGGUGCUUCCCGACAGCUACUUUGCCAAUAACCUUCGAGCUUUGUCUGUGGACAUGGCUGUGUUCAGGGAUCUGCUGAGGAUAAAGCUUCCAGAGCUAUCUCAGCAUCUUCACCACCUACAGAAAGUAGCUAAUCGGACUGGAGGAGGCAGCUAUGAGCCUCCUCUCACCAACGUUUUCACCAUGCAGUGGUUCCUUACCAUGUUUGCUACCUGUCUGCCCCACCACACUGUGCUGAAGAUAUGGGACUCUGUCUUCUUUGAGGGUUCAGAGGUGCUGCUGCGAGUGGCUUUGGCCAUCUGGGCCAAACUUGGAGAGAGGAUUGAGGAGUGUCAGACUGCAGAUGAGUUUUAUAGCACAAUGGGAAUUCUGACUCAAGAGAUGCUGGAGCAAAACCUGAUCGACUCCAAUGAGCUCAUGCAGACGGUCUACUCCAUGGCUGACUUCCCUUUCCCCCAGCUGGCGGAGCUGAGGGAGAAAUACACCUAUAACAUCACUCCGUUCCCUGCUCCCGUCAAGGCCAAUGGCAGCCAGGGGAUUCACGGAUGGGAGAGUGAUGAUGAUGGUGACAUGGACGAUGAAGAUUCUAUCGUCACUGCUCUGGGCUGCCUGGGGCCGCUGGGUGGUCUCCUGGCUCCUGAGAUCCAGAGAUACCAAAAGCACUUAAAAGAGCAGAGAGGUGAGCUGACCUCUUCUUCCAGUAACAUGGCAGAGCUGAGCCCGGGGGCAGUGGGAGCUGGCCGGGCUGAACAUCAGGCCACCAUGAACAGCAUGAUGCUGGAGCGCAUGAGCACAGACAUCAGAGCGCUGACCAAGCAGUACUCACGCAUCAAGAGACGACAGCAGCAGCAGGCUGGCCUGCUCUACAUCCACACAGGGCUGCCAGUGGAAACUGAGCCUGUUGCUCCUCAUCAGCCCAGUGAAUGGGCAAGCAAUGACUCUGGUAAAUGUCCAGCCACAAGCGUCAUGGCUUCCCAGGUCCACACGUCACCUGUAGUCAACCAUCUUCUUCUAGGGAGAAAGCCUAGAGCUGCCCAGCGUGCCUCUAGGAGCGGUAUUGUCCAUGCAGGAUCAAUACCCCAAGCUCAGUCUACUCCAAACCUGGACCACGGGGCUCGGGCUAGGCUUCAGUCUCCCUGGCGCACCCAUGUGCGUACCCACCGAAGAAACCUGGCCAGGGCACGGGCUCAGCUGGGCUUUGAUGACUCUUUCACAAUGGAUGACGACAGUGGCAGCCCUGAGCACAAACAUGAAACAGCUGAAGAUGAAAGUACAGAAAGUCGAGAAAGAACAGAGGAGAAGGAAGAGGAUGAAGAAAAAGAAGAGAAUGAGGAGGAAGAGGAAAGGAACUUGGAGGAUGUAGAUGAUGAGGAGCAGCACAAUAAGGAGAAAUCUGAACCUGUCCAAGAGGUUACAGCAGAAGGAGAAGAAUUAGAACAGCAUCUGCAGGAGGAUGAGUGUGAAGAAAAGGUAGAAGAGAUGCAGGAGGUGGAACAGCGAUUGUCCACUCUCGAUCUGGAAUCAUCCGCACCAUCAGAUUCUUCUCCAGCUCUUAGCGAUGGAGAAUCUAUCCAGUCUGGCAAUAGGACUUCUGAGGCUGAGUCAAGAGACCAAGCAGAAGAGCCAAAACUGACGGUGGGAUUGAACCAACAGUCACCACUGCAGCCGGAAUCCAACCUCCAGUCGCACCAGUUUUGCUCCACUCGUCGCACCACCUCUGACUCAUCCAGCUCAGAAAGUGGCGGCAGUUCUCUCAGGCGCAGCCCCUCAAAACAGCAGCAGAUCUUUUCCCCCUUUCCUUGUGUCAAAGCCCCUCGCAAGUCUGCUGCUGCUAGGAACUUGGGUCUUUAUGGCCCCACAUCAAGAACUCCCAAUGUGCACUUCCCUCACAUGAGCAAAUCCAUGAACCGGCUAGGAGCUAGUGCCUCUGCUUCCACUCGGCGAUGAUGAUGAUGAGCAGGUUGUCAAAAAGUGCAAGGACUUUUUCAGUGGGUUUGCUUUUAUUCCUCACAUGAUCUCAAAGUGCUGUCUCUGAGAUCAUAUGAAAUAUGCACAUGCCAAGCUGUUUUGAAACAAGUAUUGCACAAGGGUCUCCAAUUGACCUGUCCAUGCUCCAGUCAUUAAUGCAUACUUUUGUAGCUACCUGUGCUAGAUUGGACAAAUAGGUACUGUUCCAGAGCACUGCUGGGAAAUUUACCAAGCUACACCUUACAGUUAAUGCCCUGUUCUUGACACACUUGAUUUAACUUAUACACACCUCCUUGUUUCUACUUCUACUCACUGUCCAUCUUAUCAGCUCCUCUGAAGCUCACCCUGUCCUGUGUGAUCCUGACCAUUUGAAUAACAGAGUGGAAGGAAUAUGAUAAAGUAUGCAGAGAAACAGAUUCAGGACUACAGUGUCUGUAAUUAUAUAACUACAAAGUGCUCAUGUAUGCUUUAUAAGCAGUAGAGCUUUAUAAGAUGGUAAGAGAGUAUAGAAAAAAGGAGGUAGUCAUAAUAUUUUGAUGAUUGUGUACAUUAUCAAACUAAACAAACCUUUUUUAAAUCGUGAGAAGGUGCACCAGGAUCAGGGUAAGGAACCUGUGGUUUACAGUCGCAAAAUAAUGUUAUGAACACUGUGUUUUUCUAAUCAAAGCUUGACUGCUUGAUAAUGAGCUUGCCUCCAUUUUGUGACAAAAUCAUGUACAGUGUGAGAGAUUUGAAAUAGCACACUGUAAAUGCAUGAAUUUCUCAAUAUGUUAAGGCUACCAAUGAUCAGUCAAGCUUCCGUCAAAUUCCCAGCCAGCGCUACAAAAGCAUGCAUUAGUGGGUGGAGCAUGGAUAAACUAAAUUAAGUCCUGAAGGCUGAGAGUCCUGCACAGUUUGAUGAUUUUUAAACUCUCUCAACUGUGCUGAGCUCUGGGCCUUCUCUACACAAUAUGGGUACAUGAAGGAAGAAAAUCCCUAUUGAUAUAUUCAUACAUAAUCGUGUUCUGUUCUGUUCUUUUCGCAUCUGAAUUUUCUCUUCUUCUGAAAACCAAGAGUGUAUUACCUCUAGCGCCAGCCAUCUAUUGCUGGGAGUUGUCUCAAUAUUUAAAAUGUCUUUGCUGAAACUACAAGUGUUGACUGGUGGCCUUGCUGCUUUACUAUGAGCAGCCAGAGUCAGAGAGAACACAAUUGGCCAUUUUCUCUGGGUGGGUAGAUGGCGCUUUCUCCUCUAAUCAUUUCCAUUGUGAUGCUGGCUGGCACAUUCAUCUAUUCAUCUAUUGUGUCAGAGCUGGGGAUCCAGCACUUUCCUUUUCACACUUCACAUGGAUCAGAAGAUGCUUGUGUUAGCCUUUGCUCUCCUAGUGUUGUCUUUAUGAGUGGGUGGGUUAAUUGGCACAGCUAAAUUGGGUUAAAAAAUGUAAAAAAUAAAGAGAUUGCUGGAUGCAUUUGCCAUAGUCGUAUUAUGUAUGAGUAUGUAAGUGACACAAAGCAGUUAACUCACUCCACCUCCAGGAAAUUCCAGUAUAUCCUAAUUAUUGGCUGGUAAAUGCCUCAUUUUUAUUCCUACAAAAGACACAAGGUCUUGUUUUCCCCAAAGAGUAUUUAUUAAAACACAGCUCACAUGACCUUUCUUUUCAUUCUCUUAUCUAUAAUGUCUAAUUUUCUUCACCAAAGAUGCUCUUCCAUCACAUUGUUCUCCUUUUGCUGCUGUCCUCUACAGAUAUCUUAAAAAACUGCAUUGUUUCACAUUGUUUGUUCAUUGGUUUUCAGUUUAUCAGCUUUACAGAGUGGAUGUUAAACCUUUUCACAGGUGACACUUUAGGCCUGUUGAACUGCACUUAUUGAUCUGAUGUUUGAGAAUAUAUCAUAUCCAGAGUAAUAUAUAUGUAUAUAGACACUCUAAAGAUGAACUGAUAAAUGAAAUGAUUGUCUCAUGAAAUAUUUACUUUUUUGAUUUUUUUCUGUUUGUUUAAAAAAAGAAGUAAAUAUUGGCUAUAAAUAAAAAUCAUGUAAAGGUAA